AAAGCAAGACAUGAAGCCUGGAAACUUUUAUAAAAAUAGGAAGUCUAUAGUGGGCAGGUCACAUGUCUAAGAUGACGACACUGAAAUUCUUAAAAAUUGAGUUUCACGAUAAAAGAAUUUAAGUUAAAUUGGUUGGUAUACGUGGAGAGCCAGCUCGACAAACAGUCGUCACUCUACUUAAGAUAGCUCUGAUUGUUUGGUGAACGCAUACUUCUAUAUAAAGUACCUCUUUGUGCGCUCCGGAGGUUUCAUAAUUAAUCGAUAAUUAGUUUACUUUUUUUAAGUUAUGGAUGUUGAUCCCUUAAGUGUUAUUCUUGUAAAAAGUGAUAGUAAAGGUGAUAGGCUUCUUUUUAGAUAUCCUUAUGAAAUAAAUAAACGUCAGGAAAAUGGCCAACUGCAUAGAAAAAAAAAUCCUUAUGCUCUAAUAGUUACUGAAGAUUUACAGGGUCCUCCCCCUCAAAACUAUAGUACAGAAAAAGACUGCUUAGCCAAUUUUGCUGAUGACAUACUUUCAAAUUUAUUUGCUGUGAAACAAGAACUGUGCGAAGCGAAGUUUGAAUUAAAAGUUAAUGAUGUCAGAUUUGUUGGACAUCCAACAAUGGUUCCGCCCUGUAGCAGGAAAGGUAAAGCACCUAACAGACCCAUAGUACUCAUCAACAUAGUGUUUGCUCUUCAUGCAACGGCUAAUCAUUCAGUAGUCAAAUGUUAUUAUGAACUUAGCAAAAGAUUUGGUGUUGCUUUGAAGCAUGAAGAAAGGAGAGUUGGUUAUGUAUACCAAGAGAUGAAAGCUAUGAUUGCUGCCCAUGAUGAUUAUGGCAGGCCUGAAGAAGGAGCAGAGGUUAGAAAUCCUUUUGAAGUGAUAUUGGAACAAUGUUCACUUGCAAGAGAUCUUCGGAAAGCCUACAAUGAUCUCAAAAUCUCUGGGCUUGUACAGCUUCGUGUAAACAGGUGGAUUUAUCUCAGUUUCUGUCUUCCCCAGAAAGUUCAUCAACUCCACAAUAGAGCACUGAUGGUAGAACCUGAAGCUAUUGAUAAGUGUCUUGAGAGUAUUCGACCCUACCAUGGUAUUCUACUAUUAGUGGAAACUAAUCAGUUGCUUGAUAGCUUAGUACCUGAUGCUUCCCCUGCCCUUAUAAGACUUCUGAAAAUUUAUACACCUUUAAAGUCAUUGCAGACUCUUUCUGCAGAUGCAGAUUUAACUCUUACACAGGUUUUUAAUCUUUCAGGUCAUCUUGUAUAUUGGGGUAAAGCCAUUUUUAUUUAUCCAUUAUGUGAAACAAAUGUAUAUAUGACGGCACCAGGGGCUCCCGUUCACUGUAGAUCUCAUUUAGUUGAAAAGUUUGCUGAACAAUUUUCAGGAUAUUCUCUGAUUCAGAAUUCUAGUUAAUGCAGAGAUGUGGAAUUACUAAUUGUACUUUAAAUAGUUGCUCAAGAACUACAUGCCGGCUUAUCGAAAAAUUAGGCUGUGAUGAGUGAAUUUUCUCUUCCAAUCUCAGUUCGACAUAAAUUGUCACCAUUAAGUUCAGAUCCACACUUGGAUGUUCAAAUAAUUAUAUGGCUUUUGCAACAGAGGCUAAUAAUGCAGCUUCAUACUUAUAUAUAUUAUAUGCCAACUUCGAAAGGUCUCCCACAACAGGAGACAUCCAGUCCUGAGGAUGCAGUGACAUCUAGUGAUGAGACAGGCGGAGAAAGCAAUUGGGGUAGCCAGCAAUCACAAGAUGACUGUCUAAGCAGAUUGCCUCCGGAAGAGCGAAAUGCCUUGAGCUCUGGAGGUACCGAACACAUUAGGCUUCUUGUCAGACUCAUCUUAUUGGAUUACUUACAAGGCGAACAUCAUAUAGAGGAGAUCAUGUACACUGAGAACUUACGUCGCUCUCAAUUGAUGCAAUUAUUAGACAAGUUUCGUGAAGUUCUGGUUACCUGUGAGGCCCAGGACCCUGCUCUUGCUUUGUUCUAUCCUCAGUAAUAUUAGUAGAAUAUGCGCAAGUAACUUUAUCGGUUUGUCCAAACGACAAAUUAUAAUGUGAUAUAAUUGUUUACUAGGCCUAAUAGUUAAAAUUGGGUUUGUGUUUGUUAUUACAUACUGCCAAUUAGGAUUACCUGGUCAUUCUGAUUAAUUAAUUACAGUCAUUUAAAUAAAUCAAUCACAUUUAGCCCAUUUUUUUAAUUGUAUAUUCUACUUGAAAUAAUAUUAAAGUUUUAUUUUUUUAAACUUUUUUUUGUUAUGACCAAUUUUCCUAAAACUAAAACCCAAAAUCUUGUUCUAGCUGAGAAGCUUGAAAAUUAUUAUACUUUAAUCGAAAUUUGAAAUAAAAAGAACAACUUACUUUUUCUGUACAUAUUUUCAAAACUUAUAUCAAAUAAAUUAAUAAAUAUUUUCAAGUUAACAAUCAGUGUUGUUAAUAAUUAAUAACAAAUCUUUUAGUGUCUUGAUGGAAAUGAUUCAACAACUAAAUAACUUAAACAACAACUUGACACAAUACUGGCUACUUUUGCAGACGAUACCGCAAUCCUAAGCUCAAAUAAAAACCCUGUUUGAGCAUCUACCACUCUUCAAAAUUAUCUGAACGAUAUUGCAGAUUGGGCCAUAAGGUGGAAAGUUAAGAUGAAUGAAAAAAAAAGUGUGCAUGUGGUAUUCACUCUUAACCAUAAACCUUCACCAGAAACAUAUUUUAAUAACAUUAAAAUUCCAACAUCAGACGUAAUUAGGAAUUUGGGUUUUUACCUGGAAAGACUUACUUGGAGGACUCAUCAGACAAAAACGAAUAGAAUUAAACAGACGAUACGGUCUUUUAUCCAGAUUACUUGACAGACGUUCAAAAUUAUCUUUAACUAACAAACUAACCCUUUAUAAAGUUUUACUUAAACCUAUUUGGACUUACGGCAUAGAACUGUGGUGUUCUGCUAAAACUUCUAAAAUUAAAAAAGUUCAGUGCUUUCAGUCAAAAGUGUUGCGAAGGAUAGUUGACGCACCGUUUUAUGUCACAGAUGAUACACUACAUAAAGACUUAAACGUACCUACAAUUUUAGAUACUGCAAAUGAGAAAUACAAUAACUUUCACCAAAGACUGAUGUACAACAUGAAUCCCCUGACAGAAAUUCUUCAUCGUACAAGAAACCCGUACAUCCCACUACGACGAUUACGUAGGUGUUGGCCAAGAGACCUGCUGAACUGAUUUAUAUCCUGGACGUCAUGGGAAGCUGUGAAGCUGCCAAAAAAUUUGCUCCUUGCAAAUUUAAUCAAAUCAAAUGUUCUACAUUUUUGUUUCGUUAAUAAAUAAAUAAAAAUAAUCUGGAACUUACAGUCUUUUAAAAAAGGCUAUAGAGAAGAAAUGGAACAUUGUAGAUUUCAUUAAGUGGGAUUAGAAUAAUGCGGCAGGGCAAGACUGACCAAAAAAACUCAAAACCUCAUUUUCCACAGAAAUUGCCCUUGCAAUGUGGCUGACGAUAUGUCAUUAUUUUUAAUUAAUUUAAUUGUUUAUUCUACAACCUAAAUGAAUUGGUGAUUAACCAUGAACCAAUGAAACUCAUAUAAUAAAUAUUUUACUUUUAUUAAAUACAUUACAACAUAAUAGCAUAUUAAACUAUCUCGAUGUAAUAAGAAACUGCUUUAAAUAUAUGUAGAUAUAUUUUUCUUUUCCAGACUUUAAAGGCAUUAAGAAUAGUCACAGAGUGGUUUGGUCAACAUUUAGUACUUGCCGAAUAUUCAAAUUAAUUCUAGCUCUACUCAAAAACUGUAUGUAUUCGUCUCCUUUCGGCCAAGGAGUUGGUAUAAUUCUUGGCACACCAUGAUAGCAAAGUCGACUUUCACC